CCAAAACUUCAACAAAAUAUCACUUAUUGGACCAAUUAAUGAUUCAUAUCACUUAUCAAUGUAGUCAUCAACUCAAAUGUCAAUUAAGUCGGUCCUAGUAACCUGUGCAGCACAAGAUAGAUCAAACGUUUAAUAGCUUCAGGCAUUCAACUAGGAUUGAAAUUCAUCCGUCAUAAUUUACGAGGUCCUAAUAGAACUUCAAUGCUCUAAAGGGCUUCCAUAUAAAUAUAACCUCUGCGUAAAUAUUCUUGCACCAUAGCUAUCAAAGAUCUCUGGAAGCAAAAUUAAUAGCAGGUAACUUCUCUCCCUUAUGCACUUUUCUUCUUUUAUGCACACAUGGACAAUAUUAUGGCCGGCUGCUAUAGAGGUGCUAUGAGCCCUUCCAUUAGUUUAAUUUUAAUCAGAAAGGGGCUGGUUCGCUAGGGAAAUAUCAUGGCCGAAUCAGAUGAUUUCGAGAGAAACUUUGUGCGAUUUGGUCAUUCGCCGGGAAGAAGAACAAGGGGUUGAGCUCUUCUGAUCUUAUUCUGUCUGCGUCUGGGAGGAGUCGGCCAUGGUUGCCAAGUGCCAAUUUACUCUCCUAUAGAUCUUCUUUAUUUGCUCGCUUGAGGAUGACGCUGAUUCUGGGCAUUAUUCUUAGCAUAAGACCAACGGAGGUUGCUGCUCGCUCACCGGAGAAGAUGACGCCGAUGCGAUGCCGUCGCUGCAGAGUUUUCUUCGCGCUUAUGUUCGCCGAUGGGCUCUAGGCUGUCGUACCUCUUGCGUGAAGAUGCCCAGGGAUGAGGAUGCUGUACUGUUUUUAAUAAAUAUUGGGCAUGUCCAGAAUUUUAGCCUCCUCAAAGGGUAGUUCUAAAAGAGGCCCAAUUUUCUGCUAUUUCAUGUCCAUUGUAUAUGGUGUCAUUUAUUGAAGAGGAAGGAGAUUGACUAAUUAUCGAUCGUCGGUGUCGCUUGGAGCCUUUCGUUGGGCUUUCGUUGGGCUAGUGAUACUGAUCUAAAGAAUUAGGCCGAUUUCCGAUCGUCGGUGUCGCUUGGAGCCUUUCGUUGGGCUAGUGGCAUUGAUCUAAAGAAUUAGGCUGAUUGCCGGUCAUGGGUGUCACUUGGGGCCCUUUUUUGGGUUAGUGGAACAUAUCUAAAGAAUUAGUCUUAUUGUCGGCCGUCGGUGUCACUUGGGGCCCUUCGUUGGGUUAGUGGCACCGAUCUGAAGAAUUAGGCCGAUUGCAUAUCGUCGGUGUCGCUUGGGGCCCUUCGUUGGGCUAGUGGCACCGAUCUAAAGAUAUAGGCCGAUUGUCGGUCAUUGGUGUCACUCGGGGCCCUUCGUUGCACCUGUUGACGACUGAGAUGUUGCCGCUACUUUCGACCUUUGUCCAUUCUGAAGGAGCUUGACUAAUUAUUGGCCAGUGUUACUGAUUUCUUUGUUCGUCUAGUCGGAAGAUGAAAUCAAUUGCUCGGGCUUGAGAUUGAUUAUCAUUGCUGAGCGGCCUGUUUUUUUUCUUUAUCAUCAUUAUUAUUAUUAUUACUUUAGGUUUUUUAGUAAUAAUAAAAAGAAUAAUGAUGUUUUUUUUGCAGUCCAAAAUGAUAUAUUUUAAGGACGUAAGGCGUGGAGGCAAAAAGUGUCUCUCAAUAUCAACGAGCAAGAAGAAUGACGAAGAGAUUCUUUUGGAGAUGCACAAGCCAUUUGCUCGCGAGUUUUGGGGUCCAACGGUUGUGUCCUAUCGAGUUACAAACUGGACUCCUGAGUGCGAGUAUCAAGCUCAGACAAUGCGGACUUUAGUAUCUGGCUUUACUCACAUGUCCUCUUCUGAGAUUCGUCCUUCUUUGGGUAGACGUAUCCUUGAUGAAAACAUCCCUUUGACAAAGACCUUAUCAUUUGGUGGUGAGUUUAGAUUCAUCACAGGUUAUUGGGACUGGGCCGAGGAUAUUUUGAGCAUGAGUAAAAGCGUUCUGGAGGAAGGUCUUAUUUACGAUGCUGUUUAUGCCUCAUUAUUCACGUAUGAUCGAUGUACUAAUGCUAUUCAAGCAUUUUGUGAGGCAUGGUGUCCCACGACGAAUACUUUGCUUACGUCAAUUGGCGAAUUGACGAUCACACUUUGGGACUUGCACGUUAUCGGAGGAUUGCCUAUCAUAGGAGACGCAUAUGAUAAAUCUAUUACGGGCACUUUUGAGUUGUUAAAUACGAGCGAUGACCGUUCAUUUCAUCUCUGCAAAUAUUUGUUUCACGCAUAUCAUCAUCUCUUUCCCAAAGCCAGAGAUAAGCGUGUUUUGCGUGUUCAUGCGUGGGUCAAAUUAUGGUUUAGAAAGGCCUCCAAGUAUACUAUGCCUCCAGUGAGAACAGAAAAGAAAUGAACAUCUCGUGCCAAGGCGACCCAUAAUCCGAGCGGAGCUAUUCCAAAAUUUGGAGGAUGAUCGAAUUCUAUGAAGGUACUAUUCCACGUACUCAAAGUUCCUGCUGAAUAUGAGGAAGAGGUAUAUUUAGCGGCAUUUUUAUCGUGUUGGCUUUGUGCAUUUGUAUUGCCGCAUGAAGGUCCUAGAGUUAUCCGCCCGGAAACAUUCAGAGUUGCUUGUAUGUUGGCUCGAGGGAAACGUGUAUGCCUUGCGGUCCUGGUUCUUGCAAGUGUCUAUCAUGGGCUUAAUCGGAUCUCGAAUGCUCCAGCUUCUGAUCAAGUUAGAAUGUGUUUUCCCGUUCACUAUGUCUUUGGAUGGUUGGCGUCAUACUUUGAUAUGCAUUUUUAGGAAUGAGAUCCAGUCCACGACGCCAUUAAUGAUUUCUUAUUCGGGAGAAAAUGGAGCGAGAUCCCUCGAGAAGAGAAGUGCGCACAAACGAAUUUUCCAGGGAGAUGUAUCAGCAUGGAUGUGUUCUACACAUCGGAGAAUCAAAGAAUAUUCAUUCUUCGAUGGUAAAAAUCCUCCAGAGGUUGAGUUGGCGCUUUUUAGGAGUCUUCGGUCUAAUUAUCUUGUAUUACACUACCGGGAUAAUUGCAUUGCUGAGCCUUACACUCCUCAGCGCUUUAGUCGCCAAUUUGGGUAUUUUCAGGCUUAUGCUUCUGGCUUUCUUGAGAUGCGUAAUCGGAGUGUCACACUUGCUGCUGGCUUUCAGCUUUGGCUAUAGUUUGAGCACGGCAUGUCACAAGCUGAAGCGGUAUUUCCGACUCCUCCUACUAUUCCAAUGAAAUUUUAUUCAUUGCAGUAUAAAGAAUGGUGGGGUCAAGUCCAUGGAAGUUAUUUGGAGAAUUAUGUGAGCGACUUGAUCAAGAUUUGCGAUCUUGCGGUUGGUGAUGUGAUCACCCCUUCAGAUCCUGUGACUCCAAUCUCCAAGAAGAAGAAAAUGCCUGAUACUGAAGCUGAAUCUUUGCCUCAGAAAAAGGCUAAGCUUGUAGCACCUAGGGCUGAAGUUUUGAUUAAGGAUGUUGAGAAGGAAAUGUCUCCUGCCAAUGAAAGGCGGAGUAGUGAUGAGAGGAACUGGAAGCAUUUUAGGAAACCUCAUGUUGGGCCACUGAAGAUUCAUGCAGUCCUUGAUGAUGCUAGUUCCUCGAAUCAUGUUUCUUCAUCUAGCUCAAGUGAAGGAGAAAGCGCAGAUCAUGACACCGUCGCUGGAUAGAUAGCAGAAACCGGCCCAAGUCAUUGCAAAGAAGUUCCGAUCCAUGAAAUACCCAAGUCUUCUCAUGCGAAACCGGCUGCAUCUGUAUUCCAUGCAGAAGACUACUUAUUUACUUUGUAUAAGCAGUUCAUCAUUAAUACUUGGAGUGGCAUUCAACAAAAGUUAGGACGGGCUACAGCAGAGAACGUCUCAUCUCUUCGGGAGAGUGUUGAGAAUUGUGUUAUCUUGAUGGAGAAGGAGGGCAUUGACCUUUCCAUGUUGAAGACGAGAGUGAAGCAUUUCUUUGAAAGGGCACAAGCAUUUGAUCAGACGUGCUCGACUGUUGCUGAUAGGGUUUCUUCUGAGAAACAAUCUCAGGAAUUGGCUAUGUCGCAGGCUUUUUGUGAAGAUAUUGAAGCUAAAAGAUCUCAAAACCAAGUGACAUUACUUGAUGAUGAGAAAUCUCUUAAUGAUAUCAAGAAGAAGAUAGCCUUAUUGGAAGCUGAAGCUAAGGAAGUAGAAGUUUCGAUCUCCAAGCGUCGUGUAGAGGCUAGUGACUUAGACGCAGCUCUUAAGAAGGCUAACGAGGAAUCUUCACGAAUUUUGAAGACUAUCAAAGCAUCAGAUGAGGAUCAAUUUAUUUUAAGUACUCAGAUGAAGGAGCUAGAGGCCUUGAAGGAUGACUUAGUUAGCUUUAAAUUGUUUUUAGGCUGAUACUUAGCUCUUAGAUUAGCUUUUAGUCAGCAAACAACUCUUUUCUUUACUUCUUACCAAACUAUAUAUGGAUAUUUGCUUCCUUUGUUGCUUCUCAUGAGUUGAUAUUUC